AUGGCCGCAAAUCUUCGGGACCUGCGAUCGGGUUCUCCCCCAGUGCACGCGUUGUUCGGUGUCCCUCAGCCUCUCUUCAAAUAUGAUGCUAACAUCUGGGAUUCCGGUUCCACAUGUUGGAAACUGACAGAUAAGGGCCAAGAACGUCUCAUGGACGCGGCUUUUAGACAUCAAUGGUCAUCGGCUGCGGAAACGGUACAAAUCAUUCUUGCUGAGCGUGGCCGCAGUGUCGAGCAACUUCUUGAAGAUGACAUCUUCAAAUGGUUUCCUAUCGCGGAGAGUGGUCGCCUGGAGAGCUAUGAUCUGGUCUUCAGCUCCGAUAAGCUAGACGUGGGUAUGCCAUUGUUACAUUUGGCUAUCUUGCUCAUCACCACCCCGCCUCCCAUGGACGCCAAAGGAAGGCUUCCAUUCCUCCCCGGAAUAACCUCGAAGCUGUACCGUACUCUGAAGGCCAUGCAUGCGAUAAUGUCCUCUGGUAUUGCCCCUAGUGCCUGUAUGGCCCAGACACUAGGAAUUAUCGCUCUGUAUGAGUUUGGCCAGGGGAUGUUCGAGCAGGCGCACCUGACAGUUACCUCAGCCUUCGCUGUGAUAAGCAUGUUGCCAUUCCACUCCGAUCCAGAGUUGACACUUUCUUGGCAAUUAUGUCUGGCGACCCUCGAUAGGAUGAUCUCGCUAUCUACCCAUAGCAGAGCACAUAGCCAACGUAAGCGUCGAGAUGGUGUCACAAAGUUGCGCCUCGCCUGUCCCCCAGGCCACAACGUAAGCAAUGAUAUAGAGUCAAGGGUUGAAGCUCUUGCGGAUCCUCGAUGUCAUGAAGCUUGUCAGGAGCCGGGCGCUCAAAAGAUCAUAGCUGUUGGCGCAGAUAUAGAACAAGCGGGUCGCGUUCUACAGUGGGUGAAAGAAUUAAGUGAAGUCAAUCGGAACAUAGAUUUCACAUGUGAAGAUUAUGGUGAUUCAGAGGAGCAUGACGCUAUCGAUGAGGAAUUCACGGCCAUGAAGGCCCAGAGCGGUGCCGUGCAAAACCCCGAAUCUUGGUUGAACCAUGAUCCACAAGCCUUAUUGUCUCUUAGUGCCCUACUCACCUACGACUACGACCCAACUCACAGUUGCGGACUUAAAAAGCCAGAAGCCGCCGCCAGACAAAAGGAAUGUCAAGCGAUGGCUGUCAAGUUGGGUAAGCAAGUAGUCGCUCUUCACAAGAACAAAGAACUCGAUCUACAUCAACUUUCUAUGGUCGGUAUGUUUUGCGUUAUGCACAACAUGGCCAUCAUGUUGAAAGACCCUUCGUACGACUACGCUCACAAAGCCGCCAUUGCUGUGAGACCAGCCAUUAAGAGAUACGCGCUUAGGUGGCCGUUUGCAGUUGACUACGUUGAACACAUCACCGGUUACAUAGAGCACGAAAAGAAUGUAAUGGCUCGUCAUAGGGAUCCGAAUUACUAUUACUGA